GGGUUUGUGUACAGCACAAGGGGGCCUGGGCGUUGAAAGAGAUCCGCAUUAGGCGCAGACACUCCAUUCAUUGCUCGCCGGUUGAUUGCUCUCGCUCUGGCUUGAGUUCAAGAGCGCCACUAUCAUGACUUCCAGAAUCAAGGGAGAAGGUGGAGAGCAGAGUCGUCUCGCCGAUUCCGAUUCAGUUUGAAUGGGAUCGGGCGACGUUGAGGAGGAGGAAGACGAAGCGCGAGCAUUUUGAAGAUUUAUUUGUCUUUAGUAGAUGCGAGUCACUCUCUUCUUCUACGACGACGACGACGACACCAACAGCAGCAGCAGCAGUAGCAGCUGCUGCUAGUGCUAGUGGUGGCUGCACUUGCUUCAAUUGCGAACAGCUGACAGUACGUGAGCGGCAUUAUCGUUGGAGAGUGUCCCGAGAACCUCAAAUCUCCGGCGACAUUGUUUACUCUAGGUACCUGCGUAACGGUAGGACGAUUCUUGUGUAUGAAUGAAGUAAUUACGCAUAUCCGCAUUCCUGUAUCUCUGGAAGGUUAUUGAGGUGGUUCCGGAGUGGAGAUUUUAAUGGCAGGGGCGGAGCAUUGAUAGUCGACAGAUGAUUAGUUUGUUUGAGUUGUGAGACCACGAUUUUUGAACCCAUCCGGUCCGACAGAGCCCAGGGCCGAGUCCAGGUUAGACGCAUAUAUAUGAAUGCGAUGCGAUGCUGUGCUUGUGCAUCGGCAGCAUUCAUCCGAUGCCGUAGGUAGAGUCCGACGGGAGCCUCGGAGGAGUUGGGGGGAAGCGAAGGACAGGAGAGGAGUGUGUACACCUUCUUCACUCAGGUCCGGAGUGUGAAUCAAUUCUUCAAGCAAUUGGCAGAAAUCGCUUGAUCGGGAGAGGAGGAGGAGAACCAUGUCGACUCGGCCCACUGUUCGGCUGCAACAGGUCUGCGAGGUGCGGUUGAAAUGCACGAUGGCUGAAACCUCCGUCACUUGGGAUAGCUGGUCCAGGAAGCUCUACACAGACUCCAAUGACGAACCAGCGUUUUGAUCCGGCAUUGUGAUCGAGGGAUCUGCAAUUGACGACAGCACGACAGCACCUGACGGCCUUCUUCGCCAGCUCGUUCGCUCGCUCGCUCGGACUCGUAUCUGCAAAUCUGGCUUUAGUGAGGAAGAAUGCGGAUCGACUUGACUGACGGGAAAUAGCCCGACGGUCGUCAUCCCUUUCGCAAUUAUUUUCCUCCCAGUUUGCCACGAACCAGAUUCUUUAGGUUUCGUCGAUACGUACAGUAGUUAAACAUUUGUCGCCUCGAUUCGGCGAAGAACAUCACCCAGUAUCUUAACACACAACAACACACAUUCAGAUUCAGAGAGAGAAAAUAGGACAUCAUGCCGCGCAUCGCCAGUUACGUACGAUUGCGCGGAUCCGAGUCUAACACGCUCGAAGAGAAAGAAGUAGGAGUAUUUUACGCCGAUGCGAUGGGCCGCACGGGGAAGCAGGAUGGGGAGGAGUCUGAUCGUCAAGAUGCGUUCUCGGCCGAGCAGAAUUAUGUGAAGUCGGUGCACGAGCAGCAGCAGAAGCAGCUGGAGGACGUGAACGUGUGCAAAGGCUCAGUGUACGAUCGGUCCGUCUCGCAGCGCAACUAUAAUGGCUUCCACGACGUCGUCAGCAGCAGCCCUCCUCCGCACGGCACCAUCGACUACAUCAAGGUCGAGCUGAAGGACGACGUGGUGGUGCGCGAGGGACGAAGCGGCGAGCUCAAGCGUGUGGUUUCGUUUCGCGAGCCUGUCAAUGCGCCUCAUGCCAAAUUGGGCGUGUCCCAGAGCGGGAAGUGGCAGGGAAGCGCAAACGGAGAAUCGCAUUUGGAGAGAACCAUGAGCGGCCGAUGGAGGCCUUUCGGAGACGAUCUGUUCAGGCGAACCACCGGCAGCCCUCUCGGACCCUCGGGCGGCUGCGGUGCUGCUGCCAAUGCUGCUGCUGAAGAUUUAGCACCUGCUGCUGCCAAUGCUGCCAAUGGCGGGCAAUGGGCGGCGUCCAUCCAAAGGGUGGCCUCGUAUCGAGAGGUGCUGCAGCAAAAGCUGCAGCAGGAACAGCAGGAGCAGAUGAGCUCCAAUGGCCACGGGCCCAACGAUUGCUCGCACGCAGAUCAGCUGCCAGCAGCCAUCUGCACGAUGCAUUCGGCGUGCAACGAGCUGCGCUCGGGGUCGCAGCGAUUCAGCCGACAGCAGACGGCGAGACUGAGCGACAAAGACAGGGAAAGCUCGUCAUCACCAGCUCGGAGGGCGAGAUUCGGCGACGAGGAGAAGGAGAAGGCAUCGCCGCCGCGCAGAUUCCAGAGGCAGCAGACGGCGAGGUACAGCGAGUGGGAUAGGAAGCCUGCGGGCAAGGGCACGGAGCCCAGAGUUCUGCCGCCGCCUCCUGCAGUGAGCGCCAUGGUGCCCCGGUCCUCGUCGCAGAAGAUUGUGCACUCGCAGCGGAGCUUCUCCAUGCGCGAGACGCCGACCUCGAGAGCGGAGGCGGAGACGGCAUCGGAUCAAGCGCCUCGACGCAAAUCCAGUGCCACUCCGGUCAAGCCUCGAGUGAGCUUCUCGGACACGAAUUCCACGAGGCCCGAGGGCGCCGAGGAGAACGCCAUGGACGCGCAGCGCAUCCACGAGAAAUGGAAGGACAGCCCAUCCGCCAUGCGCCAGGCGCGAUUCCUCAGCGCCACCACGCAGCCGCUGCGCUACAACUACGAGCAGCCGGGAUUCGUCGAGCGCCGGUCCACGGACGGGUGUGGCAGAUCGUACAGCAAUGGAGGAGGAUUUCGCGCCUACGACAAAGACCAGGAGAAAGAAAAUUCACGCCAGCCUCCUCUGUCGCGCACCUUCUCCACCUUCUCCUUCGCGGACAAGGCUGCGUACCGACGCAUGGCGCGCACCUUCACCUUCAGCACGACGAAGCACGUGCAGCCCGUGGUGGUGGAGUGUGUCACCUGCGGCAAGGGCCUGGGCAUCAUCGUCCAGGGCCUUCCGGCGGGCGAGACGAGCAGCUUCUGCAAGGCCUGCAAGCCUGGACUGCCCGGCGCCGUGGGCGGCCCCGGGCCCAUCGGCACAGGCGAGUUCUAUUUCCCCGACAAAUCGACGAGCAGAUCGUCGUCCGUCAAGUCUUACAGCAAGAAGAAGAAAGGUAUGCUGGACUACUGCCGCAAGCUGUUUGGAAUGUCCCGGCGAUAUCAUAACAAGUAGCGUAGAUCGUUUUGGACAUCGGCUCACUGUCGGUGAAAUCAUAGAAAUAUAUAGAGUUACAUAGAAGAGAGAGAGAGAGAGAGAAAUUGGGCAAUUGCAAUUGGUACGAUCGCUGAGUAGGACCAAAGUCCCGUAAUCCUUCCUACUCUGAACCUAGGAAGCUAGCUAGCUGCACCGAGCUGUGAGUCGAUAAUGUAUAUACGGACGCUCCAUAGACCGACCAUCCAUGGGAGUCUAAAUGAUCAAGAUUCGAAAUGUCUUCGACAAUUGUGUGUAUCUCCGAACUCGUCUAUGAUGGUGCGUCUUUCAUUGCUAUUUCAUUGCUUCGAAUAAAAACCGAGU